CUUAGAACUUUUUCAGAGUGCUCAAGUUGAUUGUGUCGACAGGUCACAUUUAGUGUUUCAUUAGAUUCCGAGGAAACGGACGCUUGAUUAUACAGUCCAUUCAGAAUGCCUGGAUCACUCCCUGCAAAUUUUGAGACCUCAUGGCCAAAAGAUGUAGGUAUCAUCGCCAUGGAGGUGUACUUCCCUUCCCAGUAUGUGGACCAGACAGAGCUUGAGGAGUUUGAUGGCGUCGGUGCAGGAAAGUACACUAUCGGGCUGGGCCAGGCAAAGAUGGGCUUCUGCUCAGACCGUGAGGACAUAAACUCGCUGUGCCUGACUGUGGUGCAGAGGCUGAUGGAGAGGAAUGGCCUGUCUUACGACAGCAUUGGGCGUCUGGAGGUUGGCACGGAGACCAUCAUCGACAAGUCAAAGUCAGUGAAGACAGUCAUCAUGCAGUUGUUUGAGGAGUCAGGGAAUACAGAUGUGGAGGGUAUUGACACCACCAAUGCCUGUUAUGGAGGCACUGCAGCUCUCUUCAACGCUGUCAACUGGGUGGAGUCAAGCUCCUGGGAUGGUCGCUACGCCCUGGUUGUAGCUGGAGACAUAGCUGUGUAUGCAACAGGGAGUGCCCGACCCACAGGGGGUGCUGGAGCAGUGGCCAUGUUGGUUGGACCUAAUGCACCACUCGUAUUUGAUCGGGGUCUGCGAGGGACACACAUGCAGCAUGCUUAUGACUUCUACAAGCCUGACAUGGUGUCUGAAUACCCUGUAGUGGAUGGCAAACUCUCCAUCCAGUGCUACCUCAGUGCAUUAGAUCGCUGCUACUCUGUCUACCGCAACAAGAUCCACGCUCAGUGGCAGCGAGAGGGCACUGACAAACGCUUCUCUCUGGAGGACUUUGGUUUCAUGGUCUUCCACUCCCCCUACUGUAAGCUGGUGCAGAAGUCUCUGGCUCGUCUCAUGCUCAACGACUUCCUGUCACACCCUUGUCCAGAUACAGAGAAAGGCCCAUACAGUGGCUUGGAGGCUUUCAGGGAUGUGAAACCAGAGGAAACAUAUUUUGACCGUGAUGUUGAGAAGGCCUUCUUGAAAGCCAGCUCACACAUGUUUGAGCAGAAAACCAAGGCUUCACUUCUUGUCUCCAACCAGAACGGAAAUAUGUAUACUCCCUCUGUGUAUGGCUGCCUGGCUUCGGUUUUAGCACAACACACACCACAGCAGCUGGCAGGCCAGAGAAUCGGGGUGUUUUCUUACGGCUCUGGGUUCGCUGCCACGCUCUAUUCCAUCAGGGUGUCACAAGACGCCACACCUGGUUCUGUGUUGGAUAAACUGGUGAUGAGCUUGCAUGACCUGCCAGCCCGACUGGACUCCAGAAAGAAAGUCUCUCCUGCUGUGUUUGCAGAAAACAUGAAGCUCAGAGAGGAGACACACCACUUAGCAAACUACAUCCCCCAGGGAUCUGUAGAUGAGCUGUUCCCAGGAACAUCGUACCUGACGCGUGUGGAUGAGAAACACCGCAGACUAUAUGCCAGACGGUCCCUAAACGACGACGAACCCCUGGAGGCAGGAGUAGUCAGUUCCACCGCAACCACAGAGCAUAUUCCAAGCCCUGUUAAAAAGAUGCCCCGUAUCCCAGCCACCACAGCGGGACCUGAGGCAGUAGCCAUUAGUAACGGGGAUCACUAAGUUAACCUCUGUGAGGUGUACAUUUGCCCACAUUGUAAGGAGGACUGAGGAGCAGGAACGAAAAGGAAACAAGCAAAACGGACUUGGCCAUAUAUUGUGCAACACAUAGAUUUUUAAUCAUUCUGGUACAGAACUUAUUUUGGCCAUCACUGUAUUUAAGCUGAUUUAAGCUAAUUUUUUAAAAUGCGUUUUGAGUACCAGCUAUAAAGGGAGGGACAGGAUUCCUUCAGAGCAGGGUUGUAUGCUGCUCUGAAUCAGUUUAUUUAUGCAGAUAUUCUGUUUCAGAUAGUCUGAUUUGGGGCGCUUAAUCAAGCCUGCAAGGUAUUUCGAUCGCUUUGACUCAGAAAUAGCACAUUUUUUUUAAAGUUAAUUUUAAGUUUCAUAUUAUUUUUCUGUUAAUCUUAUACUACUAUUGAGGGAGAUCUGAAAGGUCACCAGCAGGUACAAGAGACUGAUGUUCUAUAAACAUGACUGCAGAUAAGGGGAAUGAGUCCCUUUUUUCCUUCCGGUUUGGCCAGGUAAAUGCUGCUGCUUUCUCCGUGCAUGCUGGAAUAAUGACUGUACUGUUGACCUCAAGUGAUCCCUUAAUAGGCAAUGUCUGUUUACAAUAUUUCAGUUGUCCUCAGUUGUUUCUUUUCGAAACCAUGUAUGUGGUCCACUCAUCCCAUUUAACAUUGGCAGGGAAAAGACUAAGUGUGAUUCAUUUGUGUGUCAUAAAAUCGCAGGCAGUACAUGUAAGAUUAAUACUGACGUCAAACCCAGUCUGAAAUAUUUCGGUUGCUCUGCAGGAAGUGUUAUGGAUUAUAUUAUAUAAUAAAAAGUUUUAAUAUUUUGAAGAUUAUUGCAAUGCAUGGUAAUGGAAAAGAUAUGUAGUUACUGUUAAAUGAAACUGCUUCAAUUUAGGAGUAAAAAUGCCCCAGUAGGCAAUUUAAAUAAAUGAAACCAACAUAUACUUAACAUGUAAGUAGUGUUGUUGAUUGGCGAUAUUUUACGCCUGCAGGUUUAGCAGGAGAAAGUGUAGUCACAGCAGUUAAAGGGAGAUGGUUAAAUUUGUUCAGAUACUCAAAGAGAAAAGAUCAUCUCCCAGAGAACUAGUUUUGUCUGGAGUGGCCCAUUAAAUGCAAGUCGUCAUUAAUCCAUUGUCCUGUUCUCUUACCAUUUGGUAUUUUAUGUUUGAAAAAAUCUGGUAAUCCUGAUGAUGUGCAUGACAGAUCAAACCUUUUUGUAUAUUUUUGUUGUCAAGCCCCUUUUUGCAUUAAGUUUUGCCAUACUGCUUCAAUGAACACUUCCAGGUUAUGUUAUGUUUUGUCAUUGCAGAUGUGAUGGGACAGUCUUUACUGUAGAAAUACAUCUGUUAACAUGCAUCUGUUGCCAUUCUGCAUCAGUAUGAAAGCAGAACAACUUGUAAAUGUAGAAUUAGACUACUGUAAGACAUAGAGCUUUAACAUGAAAGGGCUUAUAAUCAGAGGCAUUUAAUACACAACGAGCAAGACGAGACCUCCAUUGUCUGAAGAAACUUGCCUGUCUCUACCCAUAUUUUAAAUGGGUGUGCAAAGGUAACGUUGUAGAUGAGUCGUCUUUCAUUUCUACUCUUGAGAUGCGAUUCAAGUGUGACGUUGUCGAAGAAUGGAUGGACGAGUUCUUUAAAUAAAAAUGUACCAGUGUCAGCCUCUCGGGCACUGUACUGUUUGAAUGUU